UAUUAACACUGCUCUUUAGAACGAUUCAAGCUACUUUAUCUCCAGUAACCAUUACAGAGCCGAUUCAGUCAUGUGAUUGGUUAUAUGCACUUACUCUGAAUCAGUCAGCUGUGCACCAUUUUAUUUUUUCUGUUGAAAUUAACCGUGGAAAGCGUUUCUUGUCAAUUCACUAGUUUUACCUCCUAACGCGUUUUUUCAUGAAACGACCAAAAUGUAGGUCUUAACUUGUGUUAAGCUUCCGUUCAACAUUUUCAAUCAUGCAUCUUAUGCAGUGUGAUCUAAAGCUUCUUACUACACCCUUCCGAUUCUCUCACCAGCGAGUUUGGGAUCUGACUCCAAGAUUGAUCAGAGUUGACGCACUCGUACUCCAUGCACCUCUCUUCGAAUCCUUUUUUCGUCGAAGUACUACUUUGCUUGGUCCUCGCAGCGAAAGUGACAAAGGUAAAAAGUGUUUUGUUAUCGAUCUUGAUGAAACACUUGUGCACAGCUCGUUCAAAGCAGUUGAACAUGCGGAUUUCAAAGUUGGGGUGGAAAUUGACGGCAUCAUUCACCGAGUGUAUGUGUUGAAAAGACCGCACGUAGACACUUUUCUUUCCACUAUGGCGAAUUUGUACGAAUGUGUCCUAUUCACAGCUAGUCUGGCCAAAUAUGCGGAUCCCGUCGCUGACUUCAUCGACAAAUGGAAUGCUUUUCGAUAUCGGUUAUUUCGUGAAUCCUGUGUUUACCAUCGUGGGAACUAUGUCAAGGAUCUUAGUCACCUUGGUCGACCGCUCAAUCAAGUUGUGAUUUUGGACAAUUCUCCUGCGUCGUAUAUGCUCCACACGAGCCAUGCCGUUCAGAUUUCAUCCUGGUUCGACGAUGCUAACGAUCGUGUGUUGCUGGACCUUAUCCCCUAUUUUGAGCGAUUGGCUACUCACCCCAGUGUUGUCGAGUUUUUAAAGAAUAACGCACCACCAACUCCAUUCGCAGCAGUUGGAACCGUGGGAUUGCCUGCCGCCUACCUAUCUUCAGGCUCAUCCAUCGCUGAUCUUGAUGACAGUAAGGUAAUUUCCGGCACGCGGCGCCCUGUGGUAGCAUCACCAUUGCCUGUUCCCAUCGCCAGUGGCAGUACAGUUGCUAGCCGGAUUACUCGGGUUAACCAGCGUUCCAUAUCAUCCAAAUCCGUACCUGUGAUUUCCAACAUGACCAUACCAAGUAUUGGACAGUCUAUCAGUUUACCUCAGCCUAACACUGAUCCGCCGAUUUCCUUCCCCUCUCCGUUUAGCCUUGCUAGCUUAGCUUACGUUUCUCCUCACCACUCAUCCAUAACUGCUGUGAAUCGUACUAUAAUUGAUGCCUCCAAAUCUCGAAUCCGCAAUCACACCACCAAUUCGCACAACCCGUCCGCAUGUGAUAUGAAUGAUACCAUCGUGACCACUGCUCCACUCACUCUUCAGCACCCCUAG